AUGUCAGACAGUGGAGAUAGUGAUGUCGCUUGGAUAUUUUACAAAGAUCGGCCAGAAUGGAGCGACCUUAAACCAGUCCCGGAAAAUGAUGGGCCAAAACCUGUAGUUGUAAUAGCUCACUGUGAGAAAUUUGAAGAUGUGUAUGACUACUUUCGAGCUAUUCUGCAGAAAAAUGAAAAAUCUGAGCGAGCUCUACAGUUGACAAAAGAUGCAGUUGAACUUAAUCCUGCUAAUUAUACUGUGUGGCAAUAUAGGCGAGAUUUGCUUCAAGCUUUGGGCUCUGACCUGCAAUCUGAACUUGACUAUGUAGAGGCUGUAAUAAAGCAAUCACCAAAAAAUUAUCAAGUAUGGCAUCAUAGGCGGGUACUUGUGGAAUGGUUACAAGAUUCAAGUUUAGAAUUAGAACUUACUCGUGAUGCCUUGUUACAAGACCCUAAAAAUUACCAUGCAUGGCAACAUCGACAGUGGGCUAUAAAGAGUUUUGGGUUGUUUGAAAAGGAAAUGGAAUUUGUAGACAAUCUUAUCUCGGAAGAUGUUAGAAACAAUUCAGCAUGGAAUCAACUUGUCGCUACAUUGUGGAAGCUCUACGCGGAGGUU